AUGGCGGCGGGCGAGAGGCAGAGCCGCGAGUACCUGGAGCGGCACGGGCUGCCCGCGCUGCUGCACCGCCUCGCCGCGCUGCUGCUGUACCACCGGCCCGAGCGGCCGCGGCAGUUCCUGCUCCAGGCGCUGGAAGCGGUGCGAGCGGCGCGGCGCGGCGAGGCGGCGAUGCCGUCCGUGCUGGACGAGGCGGAUGUGGAGGCCGUGUUCAGGAUGCUGGACGCCGCGGGGCGCGGCUUCGUCACGGGCAGGCAGUGCCGAGCAGCUCUUACGACGCUGGGGCUGAGCACCGCAGAGCUGCGCGUCGGGGAUGAGGAGGAGAUCGGGCUGGCCACGUUCAGGAAUGAAAUGUAAGUGCCGCCGCAGGGGUCCUGCAGGAGUUUCCUUGGAGGUUACCCCUCGCAAUGCAAGACCUAGGAAGGUCGACGCUGUAGCAUGGACGGGCUGCUGAGCUUUCGGGAUCCCUGCAAAACAGCCCUACUCCAUUUCCCCCCCACAAACCGGGCAGCAUCGGGCAACCCUGCAGAUCGUAGCAGCAUAGAAUGGCUCCUGAGUUCCAACCCCCCGGCACAGGCUGGGCCACCAACCUCCAGCUCCGGUACCAGAGCAGGCUGCCCGGCGCCACAGGGAGCAAAUCGCUGCUAUAGAAACAGCGCGCUCAAGCAAAGCUGACCGUAGUAACGCGGCAGGAGCAGUCACGCAGCAAUGAAGCGAGCUCCAGCUUGCGCUCAUUGCUAAUGGUCACGGCGUGCUUCGAGGGACGUUGUUUGGUAACUUACAGCCACUGCAAGAAAACAAAGCAGUUGUCCUCACUUACCUAACCGGAUGUUCUCUUCUGUCCUAGGAUGAAAACGUUGCUGGAAGGCUGGACUGUGGAGUGAUUUAAGAGUGGUCUGCUCUGUAUAUUAGAAAUAGGUAUUUUGCUCCAUCCAGUUACUGGUGGGUCAAGACAAGUUUAAGCAGUGCAUUUAUUUUCCCCCCAUCCAUUUUAGCUGUCGACUGAGAGAACAAAUGACAAAAACAUGUUUGUGCUUACCAGGCACUAGAAAUGCAUUAAUUAAGAUAAUAAGAUUGCCUGAAUAAGUAGAAAUCCUGUUUACAAAUCAAAAAUAAGUGUUUUGGCAUUUCCUCGUCCAACUGUGGCCUCACAGUGCUGGUACGAAAAACAUCAUCAGCUUCAGCAACUUCAAAAUGUUCAUGUUUGGAGAAAUACAGCAUUGCCAACAAUCACAGCUUUUAAAUAAGCUCAUGAAUAAAGGAAGUCCUACUCAGAAAACAGAGGCCACUUCGGGACAGAAAAAAAAAAAAUUAAAAAAAAAAUUGAAUUUUGAAAUAGUAUUGAUAAAUAAAAAUGAUAUAUUCCUUCAUUCCAUGCUGAGAUUCGCUGUGCACAUUUUAAUACAGAACACCCAUUACACCAGGGAUUGAGAAGUGGAAAACAUCUGCGCUUAGGUGAGAGCAUGCCAGCCGUCCAUACUGCACAUAGCUGCACGUGCAUACAUGCACCAGCUCUGAAUUCAUUAUACCAGUGUGACAGCAUGCCAAAGCAACAAGGCAGGCCAUCCAAAAACAAGUAACACAUUCAUUAGUAAUGAAGAACCCGUGAGCUUCUAAAUGUCAAGACAAAGUAGUGCUGAAAAAGAAAGAUCUGUGCAGUUAGAAGUCAGCACCAUAGCAUCUUAAAGGUUUUUUUUUUUUUUGAACUGUA